ACAAUUUCACACCGACUGAGAAAACUGGUAAUAUAUGGCGGUUUCGUUCUCAGCGAAAACAUUGCUGCAAAACAGCCUUAGCCGCUCGGCUCCAUCGGCUGUGGGAUUAUUGCAAAAGAGAAAUGAGAGCACAGAGUUCGUAUCUGCCCAACCUUCGCAAAAUUUGGCAAAUGUGAGACGCGGAACUGGAGGCAGAUCAUCGUUUAGUGGUUUAGUCUGUACUGUCUUUGGUGCCAGUGGAUUCCUCGGUCGUUAUGUUGUGAACCAAUUAGGUAAAAUUGGAUCACAAGUAGUUAUUCCUUACAGAGGCGAGCCAUACUUUGCAAGACAGCUUAAACUCGCUGGGGACCUGGGUCAAAUCCUGUUUAUGCCUUUUGAGCUGCGUGAUGAGGAAGCUAUUAGAAAAUGCAUGAAGUAUUCCAACGUUGUUGUUAACCUUAUUGGAUGUGAUUGGGAGACAAAGAAUUUUAAAUUUGAUGAGGUCAACAAUGAAGGAGCUCGAAGACUUGCUAAAAUUGCUAAGGAACAAGGAGUAGAAAAAUUCAUUCAGUUUUCAUCUAUUAACUCUUCACCUAAUCCGCCAAGCUUCUACAAACAGGGAGGAUCCAAAUACUUGAGUACAAAGUACGCAGGAGAACUGGCAGUUAGAGAAGAGUUUCCCGAAGCUAUUAUUCUUAAGCUAGCUGACGUCUAUGGACAAGAAGAUCGUUUCCUGAGAUACUAUGCAAGUUUUUAUCGUCGAAGUUUCAAGAUGCUUCCCCUGUACAAACAGGGAUUAGAGACAAUAAAAAUGCCAAUUCACUGUACUGAUGUGUCUAAGGCUACAAUAAAAGCCAUUCUUGAUCCAGAAAGCAACGGUAAAACUUUCGAAAUUGUUGGUCCGAAGGCAUACGUUCUUAACGACUUGGUAGAAUAUUUCUACAAGGUGAUGAGAUAUCCCCACAUCAGAAAAACCCCAGUGCACCCGUUAUUUAGGCUCAAAGUAAAGUGGAUGUCGAUGAUGCCGUCGUACCCGAUUCUAUCCGAUGAUAAACUAGAAAGAGAAUUCGUAUCGGAUAAGAUAACCGGAAAUCCAGGGCUGGCUGACCUUGGGAUAACACCAAUAAAUUUAGAAGAUCGUAUACAUUGGGAACUGAUGCCGUACCGAAAAUAUAAUUAUUAUGAACCGAAAGUAGGAGAAUUUCCCAAUCCAGAUCCUCCACCCAAUCUUGGAGCUCCACGUCCAGUUUUCAUUUAAGAACCUUAAAAUUGACUAUAAACAAAAAUCUAUAAAAUUGAAAAGAUAAAGAUAAUUUGUGAGUUUCACCUAAGUGACAACUUAUUAUAUUAAUAGCAAAAGAAUCGAACCGGCUUUUGCUUAAAUCCUUCAAUUCGAUUGUAUCAUAUUUCGUAUGAGGAAUUGCAUUAUGAUUUAUGAGAGGAAUUAGUCUUCUGAUUGCAAGCGAUACUCUGUAAACAAAAUCUUAGAAAUAGGAAUUUUAUUUAUUUUAUAUCUCUCAUAAUCCUUCGGGGAUUGUUCGAAAAAUUCCUUCAGAACCACUUGCUAAACCACUUCCCUGUGUGCUCUUUUUGCGUGUUUUGUCGAAAAGAAUUAGUCUAUACUUCCUAACGUCAUUUGGGGAACUUUACUUUCUUUUUCCAUCUAUUUUCUAUAGUUUGUAUUAGCUUUUAAUGUAAUUUAAGAAGAGUUAUAUAUCGUUUAAUUAUUCGCAAAAUCAUAUUCUAAAGCACGAUAAUAUUAAUCAUAUGUAGAGCUAUAAACCCUUUUAUUAUUUAUGCAUUUCACUGCCAUCUUUUGGCAGAUAUUUAAGAAUGCCUCAAGAGA